GUGAUUUCUCCCAAACCAGACGACCAUCGCCUUCGUCGCGCACUACAUUCUCUUGGUUGGCAGGAAAGUAGUUCCGGUCCGCCAAGGAGCAUAAAAUGCAGCCGCCGCAGUCCAGCAAGUGGCCGCUUUGGUUCCCUGCAAAGUUCAUCCCGAAGGCCUAAUCCCGAAGGCACGUGUCCGAUCAUGUCGAAGUCUAAGGAGUCCUCCGUCAUCCACACCCAGCAGCUGCACGCUGCCAUGGCGGACACCUUCAUCGAGCACAUGUGCCUGCUGGACAUCGACUCGGAGCCUGCCGUGUCCCGCAACACUGGCAUCAUCUGCACGAUUGGGCCUGCCUCUCGGUCCGUGGCCGUGGCCAAGGAAAUGAUCCUGGCCGGGAUGAACAUUGCAAGAAUGAACUUCUCGCAUGGCACACACGAAUACCAUGCUGAGACCAUCAAGAAUGUCCGCGAAGCAACUGAGAGCUUUGGAGCAGGCUCUCCCAGCUACAGGCCAGUGGCCAUCGCUUUGGACACCAAGGGACCAGAAAUCAGGACAGGGCUUAUCAAGGGUAGUGGCACCGCUGAGGUUGAGCUGAAGAAAGGUGACACCAUCAAGCUCAGUCUUGAUGACAGUUACAUGGAGAAUUGUGACGAGAAGAUACUGUGGCUCGACUACAAAAACAUCACCAAGGUCGUCCAGAGCGGAAGCCACAUCUACGUCGAUGACGGUCUCAUUUCCCUCAAGGUCAAAGACAUUGGUCACGACUACCUGAUGUGCGAGAUUGAAAACGGCGGCAUGUUGGGCAGCAAGAAAGGCGUAAACCUGCCCGGUGCUGCCGUCGACCUCCCCGCCCUCUCCGAGAAGGACCUUCUGGACCUGAAGUUCGGUGUAGAGCAGGGCGUUGACAUGGUGUUCGCCUCCUUCAUCCGGAAGGCUGCUGACGUGCACGCUGUCAGGAAAGCUCUGGGCGAGAAGGGCAAGGACAUCAAGAUCAUCAGCAAGCUGGAGAACCACGAGGGAGUGCGCAGAUUUGAUGAGAUCCUGGAGGCGAGCGAUGGCAUCAUGGUCGCCCGCGGAGACCUGGGUAUUGAAAUCCCAACGGAGAAGGUGUUCGUCGCUCAGAAGAUGAUGACCGGCAGGUGCAACAGGCUGGGCAAGCCCAUCGUCUGUGCCACGCAGAUGCUGGAGAGCAUGACCAAGAAGCCCCGUCCCACCCGCGCAGAGGCCAGCGACGUCGCCAACGCCGUGCUGGACGGCAACGACUGCAUCAUGCUGAGCGGGGAGACGGCCAAGGGUGACUACCCUCUGGAGGCAGUACGCACACAGCAUCAGAUCGCCCGUGAAGCCGAGGCCGCCAUGUUCCACAGGCAGAUGUUUGAGGAGCUGCGUCGCACCUCCCACAUGACCCGCGACCCCACGGAAACCGUCGCCAUCGGCACAGUGGAGGCGUCUUUCAAGUGCUGCGCCAGCGCCAUUAUCGUUCUCACCAGAACCGGCAGGUCUGCUCACAUGUUGUCGAGGUACAGGCCCCGUGCGCCCAUCAUCGCCGUGACCCGCUGCGGCCAGGCAGCCCGCCAGGCCCACCUCUACCGCGGUAUCUACCCCGUGCUCUACACCAAACCCGCCAACGACGUCUGGGCCGAGGACGUCGACCAGCGCGUCAACUUUGCCCUGGAAGUUGGUAAACACCAGAGGUUCUUCAAGAGUGGUGACGUCGCCCUCGUUGUGACCGGCUGGCGUCCAGGUUCUGGUUACACCAACACCAUGAGGGUGGUCCUUGUGCCUUGAGCUCCAUCCAAGGACGACCUGAACCUGCACCCUCAUGCUGUGUAACCCCUCACAUGUAACCUGACUUUUUCUUAAACGUAUGCCACUCAUCCGAAAAGACAUUUAAUGAUUUUGUUCACUGGCUCUGACUCCUGUUGGUCAUUAAUUAAUAAUUCAUUGUCUAAAUUGUGCUGCCAGAAUCUUUUAUUGGAUACUCCUCUGUCAUGUGUGAUUUCAUGGUGAACAACUCCAUCUCCCGAAACACAGCAUACAUAUUAAUUACUUAAUUUAUAGUCCUUUUAAUGUCCAACUGUUGCAAUUCAAAAAGGAGUACAGUAAUUGUGCUUCCUAUUAGUGAAAAAUUAAUAUACAGUAGAGUGACCAAGUGUUACCACCACAUCCAUUAAAAAGAACUCAUGAAACA